AUGGCUGAGUUGAGCGAUGUUUACAAGCCCGCGUGGCAUGCCAAAUUCAAGGUCCUUUUCAAAACAGGCACGUUCGAGAAGGUCGUUGUUUUGAUCAUGGGUAUUAGUAUCAUGCAACCGCUGCAUAUCACCGUGGCCGGUGCCGCUUUCUCGGUUAGGCGUUUCGGUCUCGGUCCGGAGAGUAUCGGUGCCUUCUUGGGUAUUACUUACUCUUUCCAGCAGCUCUUCUGUCUUAUGGGUUCUUUGACGUCGACAAUUCUGAGUCUUACUUUGGGUGAAAAAUACCAACAGUAUUGGAUUUACAUUAAUGGGACGUACUCUAUGGUUCUUUGUGUUUUCAUUACCAUGCUUAACACGAGGCUUCUGCUGCUGUGUGCUACGAGUAUUGGUGACUCCAACCUGACGGCGUACUACUGGACUCUUGCGUUCUCUGGAUAUUUGUUCGGUGCUCUUGAUACGCCCGUUCGUCAAAUUACCGUUGGUUUGGGUUUGUACUUCGCUCUUGGUCAGGCGUUCAAUGGUUUCUGCGUUAACUUUGUCCACGCCGUGGUGCCGAAGUUUAUCUCCCCGACCUCGGAUGUGCACUACUGGACCAUCUACUGGCAGAUUCUUUUCGUCACUCUGCUUUCUAUGGUUGCUGGUAUUCUGUGGACCAUCUUCGUCAUUUUCGACAAGUUCGGACCUCCUAAGCCCAAUUACGGUUGCCGUAGGGGUAAAGGUCCCGAUUUCGUGAAUGCUUUGCAGAGUGGUAUGAUUAACAUUUUCUUGGUUUGCGGUAGUCUGGGUACCCAGUUCUGUGUUUACCCAAGUAUCGCGCCUUUCUCCAUUGUCACCCCCGACAAAGCGCAGAAUGUUAUUAGGGCGUGCCUUUACCUGAACGCUCUCGUUGGUGUCGCUGGUGUGCUCUUGAAGGAGUAUUGCAAUUUGGGUAAAGCGUGGGAUGCCAAGAACAGCAACGCCUUUUACAAUGCGUCUCCGUUCCUCUUUGUCCCUUACUUCUUCCUUUUCUGGCUGUUCAUCUACGUCAUGCACCACCCCAAGAGCUUUAUUGGUAGCAUGAUCUACAUGAAGCCCAAUGUGGUUUUCAUUCUCACCGUGGCCUACUUCCUCAUCGGUGGUUUGUUGAAGACUGCUGGUUUUGGUGGUGCCUUCGCUAACAUGAAUUUCGGCAAGCCUGGAGAUGGUAAAGGUGCCGGUCAGGCUAUGGCUUUCCUCGGUACCAGUGUCAUGGUUACUCUGGUCACUACUAAGUUCAUUGCUUCUGGUUACCUGAGGGCUGUCCGUGCUGCCAAGAGGGGUCUGGAUUCUGGUCUGCCGUGGCCGACUGAGGACAUGAGUGAGGUCAGGGCUUUCUUCUACUGGCUUAAGUUGGGUAUCAUUGGAGCCGGUAAGACGUUGCGUGAUGUCUUCACUACCGACAUCCGUACCAAGAUUUUGGUUUGA